AUGGAAAAAACGGAUAAAAGUGAUUUUACAUACGAAUAUACAAAACGCAGAAAAUAUUUUGGAAGACAAACUCUUUUUUGUGAUUACGGUCCGGAGUUGCUUGUCAACAUACCGUCGAAUCCAUCUUUGUACAAAAAUUACGUUCUUCGAAAUCCAGUAGAUGUCGGCAUACAAAAUACAGGAACUACGUCUGAGCAUUGGGUUAAUUCUGUGAGAGCUGAAUAUACCAGUUCUGGUGUCAAUCAUGUAGAAGGUGGCUGGCCAAAGGAUAUAAACACAAACGAUCCUGAAGCAACACAGAGAUAUAGACGAAAAAUUGAAAAAGAUGAUGCUUACAUUCAUGCUGUUAUGCAUUUGGGCCAUAGCAUGGAACACAAUAUUCUUCAAAAUAACGCCGUGGACAUGUAUCAGAUAUAUUACUCUGAGCUACCCACAAUCCCUCCGGUAGAACGUAGCAGUUGCCAUACAGUCAACGUGUACAGAGAGCCGGGUUCCUCUAGACGACCAAUUCGUUCACUAUCCUGGCAGACGGAUGGAGCUCGGCUAGCUUCAGCUCAUGCUGAUAUUAAUUUUAUGAGAUGUGCAAGAACUCUGCAAUUUUCAUACAUUUGGGACAUAGAAAAUGCGAAUGCACCAGAAUUAGUAAUAGUACCACCGCAACCAUUACUGGAUCUGCAGUACAAUCCUCGAGAUCAACAUAUUCUCGCAGGAGGAUUAAUGAACGGUCAAGUGGGCUGCUGGGACAUGAGAAAGGGUAGUGAUGCUGUUGCAAUUUGUCCACCUCACGUGGCUCAUAGGGAUCUUGUACAAAAUGUUCUCUUUAUUAAUUCAAAAACUGGAGCAGAAUUCUUUUCAGCGUCACCUGAUGGUGUUGUCAAAUGGUGGGACAUAAGAAACAUGAAUGAACCGACGGAUUCAAUGAUCAUAGAUAUAGUAAAAACAAAUAACGACACCCAAUGUGUAGAUAAUGCUUUAGGUAUUUCUGCACUCGAAUAUGAACAAACAAUUCCUACCAGAUUUAUGGUUGGAACAGAAACAGGACUGGUUAUAGGUGGUAACCGGAAAGGCAAAACGCCGUUGGAAAAACUUCCUUCUAAGUAUGAAGCUCAUUUAGGACCAGUUUAUGCAUUGCAAAGGAAUCCAACAUUUUUAAAGAAUUUCCUGACAGUCGGAGACUGGACAGCUCGAGUAUGGAGUGAAGAUUGUCGAGAAUCUUCCAUUCUAUGGACUUAUUCUCAUCGAACUAAACUUACUGAUGGAGCUUGGAAUCCCAUUCGAUUUUCAUUGAUGCUAGUGACUCAAUGGGACGGCUGUCUUUCCUGUUGGGAUCUGCUACGAAGACGAAGUGCACCCAUUGUAACUGCACAGUUAUGUGAUGAACCGUUAUUACGUCUUCGACCUCAUGAAGGGGGUCUGCUGGUAGCGUGUGGAAGUAGUAAGGGAACAAUUUACUUGGCUGAACUGUCACAGAACCUCGGUACUGCAGAUAAAAACGAUAAACAACUUCUGACCCACAUCCUCGAGCGCGAGAACAAGCGGGAGCGCAUCCUAGAGGCGCGCAUGCGCGAGUUGCGCCUGAAGAUGCGGCACGAGCGCGAGCCCGGCGCGCCGGCCGGCGAGGACGCGCCGCGCCGGGACCUGGACCUGCAGGAGGCCGCCGCCGACUACCGCACCGCGCUCGACGAGCUGCGCGCGCGACAGUGUGCGCAGCAACCCUAGAACAUCCUAUGGAACAAAUCUGGUAAACCUCGAAAACGUAGACAAAUACAGGCCAAAUUCUCGUACCGAGUUACGAGACGCUA